AUGCGAAUUUACACCUCCAACAUCGUAGCCAUCGCUGCCUUCAUCGCGUGCGUCGACAAAUCAUCAGUGGAGGCUAAAGCUGUCGCCGACUUCCAUUCGGCUCGAACCGGUCCUGCCACCGACUUCGCUCUCGUAGAGAGGCGGUUGAGGUCUGACCAGCUGAAGGAAGGUGAAGAGAGGAUGGAGGGUGGGGGGCUCGAGAAGCUGGAGGGCGUUGUCGUGAAGGGCACGGAGAGCAAUCUCCGACGUCGCACAGGUUUUCUCCUACAGCAUCUCGGCGCACUGAAUUCCGAGAUAUCUACUGUGGAGGCGGUGGUAGCGGCAAACGAGGCAAAGCUGGCAACGAUUCAACAUUGGGAUAAGGCGAAAGAGCUGGCCGUUCUUAGAUCGAAAGAUGUGGCGUCUCUGACUAAGGACGAUCAGCACAUGGGGGCGAUAGUGGCGGCGCAAUACAUGCGGUCGAAGGUUCCGGAUCAAGCGGCGACGGGACUUGCGUACCUCGAUCGCCUGGCGAGGCACUGGGAGGGAAAUAUUGUGGACGACGUUGCCAAAUUCGUACUGCCCGACACGACGAUACUUGACCUCAAUGGAGUGGCAGUGCUCAAACACUUUAUCGAAUACUUCGAGAAAGAGGAGGAAGUUGCUGAAGAAAUGCUGAUCAAGGCUCUCCUACUGCAGUACAGGGGCGACGGGCCGUUGUACCGAGUCGUGGCCUUAGCAAACAAGUAUGUCAACCAUGAAGGACUGGAAAUUGAGUUGUUGCACGCACUUGCUCGUCACUGGUUUCGACAAGGGCGUACUCGAGAAGACGUAUCCACGAUAUUGAGAGAGAAUGGCGAGCCUACGGAUGCAUCGAUCAAGGUGAUAGCUUAUACCACGUUCGACGAACUAGUGAGUGAUGUAGAGAAGGCGGAGUUGAACGAGGCGAUAGCGGCAUACAAGACAAAGCUGGCAACGAUUCAAGGUUGGGAUGAGGCGAAAAAGCUGGAUAUUCUCGGAUCGAACUGGGCGUCUCUCUCUCUGGACGAACAGCACAUGGGGGCGAUUGUGGCGGCGCAAUUCACGCGGUUGGGGGAUCCGGAUCAAGCGGCGACGGGACUUGCGUACCUCGAUCGCCUGGCGAAGCACUGGGAGGGGAAGCGUGUGGACGACGUUGCCAAAUUCGUACUGCCUGAUACGACGAUACUUGACCUCGAUGGAGCGGCAGUGCUCAAACACUUUAUCGAGUACUCUGCGAAAGGGGAAGAAGCUGCUGAACAAGCGCUGAUCGAGGCUCUCAAGACGCGCUACGAAAAAGUCUGGAUGUUGUACCGAAUCGUGGACUUAUUGAACAAGAAGUAG